GUGUAUUGUUUUAGCGAGUGCGAGUUGCGCAUGCGCUGUGUGUGCUGCCAACUACAGUGAAAUUACGCACACCGCCGAUAUUUGCUCCGGGUAUUUUUGAUAAAUUUCCAAAAUGGGAGAACCACAGAGCGCUUUGUUACUUCGGAAACAGCUAGCAGAGUUAAACAAGAAUCCAGUAGAAGGUUUUUCCGCAGGUCUUAUUGAUGACAAUGAUAUCUUCAAAUGGGAAGUUCUCAUCAUAGGCCCACCUGAAACAUUAUAUGAAGGAGGUUUUUUUAAAGCACAUCUAAUAUUUCCAAGAGAGUAUCCCCUCCGGCCACCUAAAAUGAAGUUCAUCACAGAUAUAUGGCAUCCAAACAUUGAGAAGAAUGGAGACGUGUGCAUUUCAAUUCUUCACGAACCUGGAGAUGAUAAGUGGGGUUAUGAAAAAGCCUCUGAGCGCUGGCUUCCUGUGCACACAGUCGAGACUAUUUUAAUCUCUGUCAUCAGUAUGUUAGCAGAUCCCAAUGAUGAAAGUCCAGCAAAUGUUGAUGCAGCGAAAGACUUUCGUGAGGACUAUACUGUCUUUAAAAAGAAAGUAGCGCGUUGUGUUCGAAGAAGUCAAGAGGAAUAGGAAACUUAGGAUUUUAACUUUAACCCGGUAUUCAGGAGGUAUGAAGGCAAUGGUCAUUCCCAGAGAUCACUUGGGUCUCCCUUUGCUGAGAGUAUCCACCGACUUUGUGAUUUGCAUGUAAGACAUUUAAUUACCACAAGCAAAUGUUGGUGAUAAAAGUGAUAUAGAGAGGCCACCUUGACUGUUGUAACUGAAGGAAUGCAUAUUGGUUUUAGAACAAGGAAACGUCAAACAAAGAACAUUGCAUAGAUAACAGGAUGAAAACAAAGACAUCAAGAGUGUGCAUAUAAAAGUGUCAUGGUGCAAGAAGAAACUGGGACCAGACGAUAGACUUUGCGAGUUGAAGCCAAACAGGCGGAUGAUUUGGCAUCCAUGUGGCAUUAUGUCUGAUCAGGGUCACACAUUGUGAAUAAUCAUGAAUCAUUUUUUCAAGAACAAACCUGUCCCCUCCUCCCUCAGUGAAAGCAAAGGAGUAUUAGUGGAAUAGCAGAAGAACUCUAUGGUAGGCAUUGACUUCACCUAACUGUGUCUCACAGCAAGGCCUCAGACUCACGUCGUUUUGCCAAGUGGCUUAUUCUGUGCGGAUGCUUUCUUUGUACUGUAUUAUAUAAUUUAUACAUUUUAAGGAAUAACUUGAUUUUUAAUCAGAGGAGUUUGUUGCCUUGCUCAGGUCAGACUUGGGUGAGUCAGCGUCUAGACUUACAAAAUCGUCUAAAAAGGAAAGACAAAAAGGAAAUGGAAAAAUGUUGGCUUUCCUUAACUCGUAUCCACAGUGCUCUUAUAGGUAUUAACUACUUGAUCAAACCCUAUCAUCAUCAUUCUGCAAAGCAAAUUAUUUAUGCAUCUUAAAUCAUUGAGCUUCAAUCGCAGCUUCGUGUUUUAAAAUUUUAUUUUAUUAUCUAUUUGGCCUCUCAAAGUUGGCUUUCUUUAAGUUGGUCCUGAGCAAGACACUUUAGUUCUGACUGGUGGAUAUGGCGAGGUAAUUUUUUUUUUAUUUAGAAUAUUUAUUUUAAUAUGUUUUGAUACGUUAAUCUAGAUUCAGUGUUUGACAUAACAAAAUUAUCCCAAAUGCCUCAGGUUUGAAUCUUGCCUGUAAUGUGACAGAUAGAUUAAGCAGCCAAAUUAUGAAAUAAAUUACUUUUUAAAAAUUGCUCUAAGUUUUGUACAAGCUAUAGUAGUCCUCAUUAACUAAUAAUUUCUUUUAUCGUUUUAUUUGCAAGGAAGAGAAGUGGAUCUCAUCUAAACUGAAAUUCAAGUUUUAGAUAGGUCAUAUUUUUUAGAUAUUUUAGAAUUAGAGUUCCAGUUAAAAUGAUUGAGCCUUAAAACUUUAUAAGAAGUAAAAAAAAAAAAAUAAUAAAGUGCUGUUGCACAGGGGAUUUUAAUUCAUUUUUUAUGAGAUAAAAAAUGAUCAUGGAAAGAAUGUGAAGUUUUUGCUCACUUUCAUCAUGGAGGGGCAAGUGUAGUCCUAAAUUACAAAUUACCGUCUUUUCUGCUCAAGACAUCUCUAUAGCCAUUACCAAUUUCCUUGUUAUCAUUUUUAGGCCAUGGGUAAUUUAUUUGUGAAUGUGAACCAACUUUCAUAAUUAAGAAUGCUUGUACUUUAUUGCUACAUAGACUGUAUCUUAAGGGAAAUAUCUUGCGUAAUAUGAUUGAUCUCUCUCGUUUUUUGCAUUCAGAGUAAUUCCACUUCAGAAUUAAUGUGAAUAUUGGGUCUUGUAACACCACAUUCUGUUUUGAUUGUUGAGUGGCCUCGGAAUAGUUGGAUUUGUAUUCAUUUUUUGAGAAUUUUAAUACAUGGCAGUUUUGUUUUCUUUUUCUGUCUCCCUUUCAUCUUUUGGAAGGAUUUCAGAAUGGCUUAUUUUAGCAUCUUUAACUUAAAAUACUGAAGUCAGGAAAUUCAAGUGUUUUUUUCUGGAUCGUUGAAUUCUUUUUUCUCAAGUACAGCUCAUCCCACCUAGCUUGACUGCUGUGUUAGUUGACUACAUGUUACUUCUAUAGUACCCCACCCCCCAUGAAGGAUUUAAUACCUCAAAGUUUUAAGUUGUCUCAUUGUGCAAAUGUUGGGGCCAUGGAUGACAGUGGUAAUAGCUUGACUCCCAAAGGGGGUCAGCUAUGUUUUGAGGAUCAUGUUAUUGGCUUAAAGGUAAAGGCUAAAGCUAUAUCUUUUCCCUUUACCCAUGAAUUAAUGAAUGCCCCAGUAUGAAAAAACAGUGUGAUAUGAUACGGGACAUUAUGAACUGCUACUGUGAACAUUUGUUUUAUACUUUUUUUCCAUAUUCCUGCAAUAUGUUUUAAGUAACAGUUUGUAGUCGUCCUCAAUAUUCAAUAAACACCAGCUUCAA